CUUAGACCAAAGAAAAAGGAGCACGAGCUUGUCCACGUCUACAAACACACACCCAUCGCCUUUCUCUUACCAAGAACAGUGGAAGAGAGAACGUGUGCUACAAGUUUGGUUGAUUAUCUUGUAAACUGCACUCACAAUGAAUUUGUUGCAAAGUACCGUAGAAUAUCAAGACAGACAGGGGAACCUAAUCGAGUGUCGACGGAUGAUGUGACAUCAGCUCAUCUCGUUGCAUAUGACGUCGAACGCGAUCUAAUGCCUCUCGUUCUUGCUCACUGCGACUAUUCUCUCGCUGUUGGUCAAAGGAACUAAGAUUUCCUACAACCUACCCGCUCUAGAGAAGCAAAUCGUCGAUCGCUUCGUCGUCGGAAGGCCACACAUAGAUAUGAAGGAUUAUCGUGUUGCAUACCGCAAGGAAGUUUACAACACGGCACUGUUUGUGCGCUUAAAUCAGAGAAUUAAUCAGGAGGAAGUUCCUGUUUCUGUCCAACGUCAGAUUAGUUUGGUGCUUCAUGAUCUUACGGACAUACACAACGUUCUGGCUGUGCUCAAUAUCGUCAUUAAUUUCUUAGUGUCGCUCAGUUGGUCACCUGAAGAACUUUUCAAUACGUUUGUUCACGACACGUUAAAGAUGCCAGCCGAAUCAAGCCUAGUAAGCGGCAGGGCACAGCAAUUCUGCCGUUUGAAGCACGUGACGUCUUUAUAGCGUUUCUUGACGAUGGAGAA